CAGGCCAGCGCCCCUGGGCACGCUGCCGUUGCGCAGGGCUCGUCGGCUCUGUUCGGCAUCGCGCGGCGCCUCUGCGGCUGCGGGGGGGAACUCGCCCUUCCCCAUGCUGGCUUCCAGCGCUCUGCGGGGAGGCCCGGCCUAGGUCCCGCUGGAGUGCUGGGCCUCCCCGCCUUUCGCACGGGGUCUGACGGGCUUUAGUGAUGGGCCUGCGUGGGGGUGGUUUCCCUUUUUAAAAACGGAAGACGCUACCUGACAGUUUGACAGACUCCGUAUGGUGUCCUGUGCUUUUCAGGUUCAGUAUUUAUAGAGAAAGUCUUGAAAAUGUUGUCCAGACUUUUUCGAAUGCAUGGCCUUUUUGUUGCCUCUCAUCCAUGGGAAGUCAUAGUGGGAACAGUGACUCUCACCAUUUGUAUGAUGUCCAUGAAGAUGUUCACUGGGAACGAUAAGAUCUGUGGUUGGAAUUAUGAGUGCCCCAAACUUGAAGAAGAUGUUCUGAGCAGUGACAUCAUCAUUCUGACAAUCACACGCUGUAUAGCAAUCCUUUAUAUAUAUUUCCAGUUUCAGAACCUAAGGCAGCUUGGGUCAAAAUACAUUUUAGGUAUCGCUGGCCUCUUCACAAUCUUCUCAAGUUUUGUUUUUAGUACAGUGGUGAUUCACUUCUUGGAUAAGGAGCUGACAGGUUUAAAUGAAGCUUUACCAUUCUUCCUGCUUCUGAUUGAUCUGUCAAGAGCAAGUGCAUUAGCCAAAUUUGCACUCAGUUCCAACUCACAGGAUGAAGUAAGAGAAAAUAUUUCACGUGGAAUGGCAAUUCUAGGCCCUACAUUUACACUGGAUGCACUUGUAGAGUGUCUUGUGAUCGGUGUUGGUACAAUGUCAGGUGUACGACAACUUGAAAUUAUGUGCUGCUUUGGCUGUAUGUCUGUUCUUGCCAACUACUUUGUCUUCAUGACCUUCUUUCCAGCUUGUGUGUCCUUGGUAUUAGAGCUUUCAAGAGAGAGUCGUGAAGGGCGCCCUAUAUGGCAGCUUAGCCAUUUUGCUCGUGUUCUGGAAGAAGAAGAAAAUAAGCCAAAUCCUGUAACACAGAGGGUCAAAAUGAUUAUGUCGCUGGGUUUGGUUCUUGUUCAUGCCCACAGUCGUUGGAUAGCAGAACCAGCUGCUCAAAACAGUACUGUAGAAAAUUCAGUGGGAUUAGAUGAGAAUGCACCAAAGAGAAUUGAACCUAAUGUUUCCUUAUGGCAAUUCUACCUUUCUCGAAUGGCCAGUAUGGAUAUUGAACAAGUAAUCACUCUUGGAUUAGCCCUUCUCCUUGCUGUCAAAUAUAUUUUCUUUGAGCAAGCAGAGACUGAAUCCACACUCUCACUGAAGAAUCCCAUAACGUCUCCAGUGAUGGUCCAGAAAAAGGUCCCUGAGAAUUGUUGCAGGAAGCAAUCUGGGCUUACGAAAAACAAUCAGAAAUCUAACACAGUAGAAGAAGCUUUCUUUCCCAAAGAUGGAAAUGCUGAAGUCAUAAAACCUGUAUUAGCAGAGUCAUCAACCAAGGCUACAUUUGUAGUUGGCAGCUGCAACCCUGUGGAAGCUUCUUCAUUUCUUAAUGCAAAAGAGGAAGAAAUUGAGUUACCUAAAGAACCACGUUCCAUCGAGGAAUGUGUUCGUAUACUUGGAAAUGCAGAGAAAGGAGCAAAAUGCCUUACUGAUGCUGAGGUUAUCAGCUUAGUUAAUGCUAAGCAUAUUCCUGCAUACAAACUGGAAACCCUGAUGGAAACUCAGGAGCGAGGUGUGUCCAUUCGCAGACAGAUGUUGUCUAAGAAACUCCCUGAACCCUCAUCUUUGCAAUAUCUUCCUUAUAGGAAUUAUAAUUAUUCUUUGGUUAUGGGAGCUUGCUGUGAAAAUGUGAUUGGAUAUAUGCCUAUUCCUGUGGGUGUAGCAGGACCACUGUUUUUGGAUAACAAAGAGUUUCAGGUGCCAAUGGCAACAACAGAAGGAUGUCUUGUAGCAAGCACAAACAGAGGAUGUAGAGCAAUACGUCUUGGCGGAGGAGCAAGUAGCCGCAUUCUGGCAGAUGGGAUGACUCGAGGACCUGUAGUAAGGCUGCCCACAGCUUGCCAGGCUGCAGAAGUGAAAGUUUGGCUUGAAAGCCCUGAAGGCUUUAAAAUAAUGAAGGAAGCUUUUGACAGCACAAGUAGGUUUGCCCGCCUACAAAAACUUCUCAUCAGUUUGGCUGGUCGUAACCUUUAUAUCCGUUUUCAGUCGGGAACAGGGGAUGCAAUGGGAAUGAAUAUGAUUUCAAAAGGUACUGAAAAAGCACUGGCAAGGUUGAAUGAGGAGUUUCCUGAUCUGCAAGUUAUAGCUAUUAGUGGUAACUAUUGUACAGACAAAAAACCUGCUGCUAUAAACUGGAUAGAAGGAAGAGGGAAGUCUGUUGUCUGUGAAGCAGUCAUUCCAGCCAAGGUUGUUAGAGAAGUAUUGAAGACAACUACAGAAGAUAUAGUUGAAGUCAAUAUAAACAAAAAUUUGGUGGGUUCUGCAAUGGCUGGUAGCAUAGGUGGCUACAAUGCACAUGCAGCAAACAUUGUGACAGCUAUCUACAUUGCCUGUGGUCAGGAUGCUGCGCAGAAUGUAGGCAGCUCUAAUUGCAUCACUUUGAUGGAGCGCACUGGUUUCACCAAUGAAGACCUGUACAUCAGCUGCACAAUGCCUUCUAUAGAAAUAGGAACUGUUGGCGGAGGCACCAACUUGCUCCCACAGCAGGCCUGUUUGCAGAUGUUAGGGGUUCAGGGUGCAAGCCAAGAUAACCCUGGUGAGAAUGCUCGUCAGCUUGCUAAAAUUGUUUGUGCUACGGUGAUGGCAGGUGAAUUAUCACUAAUGGCAGCUCUUGCAGCUGGGCAUCUAGUCAGAAGCCACAUGAUCCACAACAGGUCAAAAAUAAAUCUACAAGAUCUUCAAGGAACCUGCACUAAGAAGGCAGCUUGAAUACUAAAAUGGCUUUGAAAUUAAGAAUUGUUCUAGCAACUGACCAGAUGCACAGGGGAAAAAAACCAAAAUCUGUGAAGUUUAGAAUGAAAAUCACCUUCAACUCAAUGAUGUUGGUGUAAGAUAAACUGAGAGAUCAAUGGACUUCUGUGACUAUUUAUGCCUUUGACCAUCUUCAGUGGUUAAAGAUGACUUCAUGAAAGAAGUCCUGUCAGAUGUCUGGAACAUGGCUUCAGAAUUCUUACUCUUACACAUCAUUUUUGAAAGGGUCAGUCAUGUUUUUACAGGUUGAGAUUAUUUUGACUGAUAACCUCCUGGUUGAGAUUAUUUUGACUGAUAACCUCACUGCCAAGCUGAAAAGUGAUGUAAUGUACUUAGUACAUUUAGUUAACAAAAAAAAAAGUUGGUCUAAACUUGGCUUGAAUGCACUGGUCCUUGCCAUCUUUAUUUUCUGGUUUGACAAGGAUGUCUUUUUAAAGUGAUGGCAAGCCUAAGCACUUCCCGUGAACUCCUGUUUUCAUUUUGUUCACCUGUAAAACUUAGGUCUUAGGCUAUAAGACAAUUCUACUGAAUCAUAUCAGAUUUAUAGAAACCUCUGUUUAUACACAGUACUUAAUUUGCUGCUGCUUCAGCUAAGCAGCAUUUAGUGAUUUAACUCCACAAUUUAGGUUAUUCCUUUAUGGAAAACCUGUGACCCAUAAAGUUCUGAAGUGUUAAAUAUAAUCUGUACUGAAGUAGGGAAAAACAGUGUCUUCAACUGUUUUGUUGUUUUGUUCAGGUAGAAACUGGUAACUCCAAAACCAGUUACAUAUUGGGUACUUAAGCAAAAGCAGUUUCUCAAACUUUCUUUUGAUAGGAGUGCAUUCAGACAACAUAAGUCAAGAACAGAUGUUUACACUUCUUUUAAAAGAAGUCUCUUAAGGUACAGUGUGUUUGUAUAUUCCUAAUUAUAUUUUUUUUUUAAGUGUUUGAUACACACUCCCCAGGAGUAGGUGUGUAUCCACUGCUGAAGCUGAAAGAAAGUGAAACCAGAAAACCACACUGGUCUUUAACACUAUGUUAAAGAACAGUGUUUUUUAUGUUUUAUGUUUUAAUUUCUUUGAAACUUUUUGAGGGGGGAAUAUUUAUUUUAAGAAGAAAUCCUUUUUUUUUCAAUGAAAAGUACUAAUUAAGAGAAUUCAGUGAAAACAAGCAGUUUUUGUAUUAAAAUACUGUACUUGGACCAGUGAAGCAGUCUCAGGUGUUCUUAAUGUAAUACAGAAAACCCAGGUUUAUUUUGGUUUGAUUCACCUUUGAGAAUAUUGUUAAAUGCAUCUCCCUGCCUAGUUAAUCAUAGCAGGAAAAUUGUUAAUAUGCUUGAUGAUGGGGGGAGGGGGGUGGUGGUGUUUGGUUUGGGGUUUGUUUUUUGGGUUUUCUGGGGUGUGAAUCAGUGGAUUGCACUGGGUUUCUUGCAGGAAUGCAGUGGCAUUCUUAAAAGAGUGACUAGCAGAGGUGCUCUUGUGCAAAUUUGAUGUAAAUCAUGGGUUGUUUUGUAGUACAUCAACACAUUAAUAUCAUUGUAAUGAGCUCAUAAAGCUAAUGUGCAAGCAUGAAGACAUACUACAUGCUAGAUAUAUUAUGAUAGCAUGUAAAUAUCAUGAAUGUUUUAUCUUCCUGCAGUAUUGUUGCUAAUAGCUACCAUUUUAUUUAAAGAAAAUUGAAACUACUUUGCUUCUAUGUUCAUUCAGUGAUCUUAUUUAAAGUAACACUGUUCUGGCAAUAAAUGGUGGUUCAGUGUUCAUUUUGGUGGAUUUAA